GGAAAGACGGUCGGAAGAGGGGGAGUGAGAGAGCCAACAAGCUCCGUAACAGGACCAGGAAGCCCAAGUAAAAAACGGUAUAAGGCAUUUGGCAACGGUGUUUCUCUUCGCUCGCUCGCGCGCUCGCUCUCUCUCUCUCUCUCUCUGAGUUCUGGGCUCGCGGUUUUUUGGGCGUCGUUGGCUCUGAGAGUCUGGGACGGGAAACGGUUCUCGUGGGAAGGUAGCGGCAUUCGGCGGUUACGCGGGGUGGAGGGGAAGGAGGAGGGGGAGAAGCUUUUAAGGCUCCGGCCGUUCUUUGAUUGGGAGUCGCGCGGCCGCUCCAUUAAUGGGGUGAAUGAAUUAAAGAAUUUGGAAGACGAGGGAGUGAAAAAGGAGGUGUUUUUAGGCAUUCGGGAUCGUAAAGGCGCGAACUUGACGAGGGGGGAGAGUUGAAGAGAGACCGCGGGGUUUUGAGAAUCGAGGUCUCUCAUGGCGUUUGUAUCGGCGUCUCCGGCGAGCCCGUCGAGCGAGAGGCCGGAGGCAGGUGAGGGGCGCUAGUUCUUUCUAAAGGUUGGGGAGAGGAGGGGCUGUACGAGGAGCUAUGGAGAGCGUGCGCGGGGCCGCUGGUGGAGGUCCCGCGGGGGGGCGAGAGGGUAUUCUACUUCCCACAAGGGCAUAUGGAGCAGCUGCUGUCGUCAACGGAUCAGGAGUUAGACCAGCAGAUUCCCCUGUUCAAUCUUCCUUCAAAGAUCCUCUGCCGCGUUGUUAACGUCCAACUGAGGGCCGAAGCUGAAACUGAUGAAGUCUAUGCUCAAAUUACUCUACACCCGGAAUCGGAUCAAAGCGAGCCUAAAAGUCCUGACCCAUGUCUUCCCGAGCCACGGAGACCGACGGUCAACUCAUUCUGUAAGAUUUUGACAGCAUCCGACACGAGCACCCAUGGGGGUUUCUCGGUUCUUCGCCGACAUGCCACCGAAUGCCUCCCUCCUCUUGAUAUGUCGCAGUCAACCCCGACUCAGGAGCUUGCUGCCAAGGAUCUCCAUGGUUUCGAAUGGCGAUUCAAACACAUCUUUAGAGGUCAACCACGGAGGCAUUUGCUUACAACUGGUUGGAGUACGUUUGUAACCUCUAAGAGAUUAGUUGCUGGUGAUGCAUUCAUUUUUAUGAGGGGGGAAAAUGGAGACCUGUGUGUUGGUGUCAGACGCCUUGCUCGACAGCAGAAUACAAUUCCAUCUUCUGUGAUCUCAAGUCAGAGCAUGCACCUUGGAGUGCUUGCCACUGCAUCACAUGCUGUCUCAACUCAGUCUCUUUUCAUAGUAUACUACAAGCCCAGGAUUAGUCAAUUUAUUGUUCGUGUUAACAAGUAUUUGGAGGCGGUUAAAAAUGGAUUCACAGUUGGGAUGAGAUUUAAGAUGAGAUUUGAAGGAGAAGAUGUUCCGGAGAAAAGGUUUACUGGGACCAUAACUGGAGUAGGAGAUAUUUCUUCUCAAUGGGGAGGUUCUAAGUGGAGAUCAUUGAACGUACAAUGGGAUGAAGCCACUAACAUUCAGAGACCAGAAAGGGUUUCCCCAUGGGAUAUCGAGCCCUUUACUGGUCCUAUGACUGCCUUAAAUGUCACUCAACAAGUGCUUACAAGGAAUAAAAGAUCUCGCUCGCCCUUGGAUCUCUCAAGUUUGGAAGCUUCUUUGGGAUUCUGGUGCACAGGAAAAACGCAAUCGCAGGAAGUAGGCACAUUGAACGCCGCUGAUGCCCAGACAUCUGAGAUGCAAGUUUUCUGGCCACAUAGACCAAAAGAAGGCAAUGAUUCUAAUUUCAUGAAUAGCCAUAGCCAGUGCAACAAAAGUUUAGCAGAUUAUUGGUUGAAGGAUCUUCAUUCUCCAUUAAAGAGCCCAUCAUCCUUGAUGACCGAUGUUUCUCUGAAGUUGUUUGAGGAUGUAAAAGGAGAGACACAUGCUAUCCAUCCUUCAUGGCCUUACAUAUCUACAUGCAUGAAUGAGGAGCCUUCGUUGAGGUUGGGUAACAACACAGAAAAAUGGAAGAAAUCUGAGAGUAGCAACAGUUACAGGUUAUUUGGGAUUGAUUUGGUCAAUCCCUCCAGUAGCAUAGAGAAGGCAACGGUUGGCCAUAUUAGCUUAUCAAGUGCCACCGUUGAGGAUCCUCUUCAGGCGACUGCAUCGCUCGAAGACUCCGGCCAGCAUUCCGGGAAAGCUCCCAAAGAGCAGAAACAAGAGUCGCAAGUAUCUCCAAAGGAGAUACAAAUUAAGCAGAACUGUUCUACGAGAAGCCGCACCAAGGUUCACAUGCAAGGAAUUGCGGUUGGUCGAGCUGUCGAUCUAACAAAUUUGGAAAGUUAUGAUGACUUAAUACUGGAGCUGGAGGAGAUGUUUGAGAUCAAAGGAGAGCUCCACCUUCGGAACAAAUGGGAAGUGGUAUACACAGAUGACGAGGGUGACAUGAUGCUAGUCGGCGAUGAUCCCUGGCCGGAAUUCUGUAAGAUGGCAAAGAAGAUAUACAUCUACACGAGUGAAGAGGUGAGAAAGAUGAGGCCCAGGAGCAAGUUUGCUGCAGCUCCAGCAUCAGCAGGUGAAGGUGGUGGUGGAGCUACUAGCUGUUCUUCAGAAAGUGCCCACAAAUGAAGGCAUCCAGAGCGGAACGGUAGUGGGGCUUUUAGUUUAGUCUUUUGAUUUUUCUUGUCAUUCUAUUGGUUGGGGGUUUUACUAACUCAGCAUUGGAAAAGACUUUAUCAUGCGUGGCAACAAUCGAUAGGAAUCAUUAUAAUUUGCAGCUCAGUUUUUUUCAGAGCCUCAAAAAAUUCCGGAAAAGAUGAAGGAUUUAAAGAAAUGAAGCUGUUGAUGAUUGGAUACUUUGAGCAGCAUUUAGGUUUUAGGAGAGAAGGGGGGUGCUGUCGAAAAGAGAGGUGGGAAAGAAAAGUGGAAGGAAUGAUUUGGAUGGGAAUAUUACGAUCUUAUGGUACCGAGUUUGGGAUUAAAUAUUGGCAUGUUGGCUUUUUUUAUUUUUCUCUUUCCUUUCUGGAUUCCUCUGUGAGGUAUAAGCUCUGUAAAUAUAUGAAUACACCUUGUUUGGUGCAGCGCCUUUUGCAAGUGUUUCGACCACUCAUAUGAUCUUGGGGUGUGUCAACAUUCUUGCAAAUUGUGUUGUGUGUGUUUCGUGAUCAAUUUGAUGGGGACACAGCUGGUGGUUGGCUGAGCUCGUCUCCCUGGUCUCAGACA